AUGGAGCUGUUGCGUGCUGCCCGUCCUGGUGCCUCGGAGAGGCUGGUGCAGGCAGUGUGGACCUGCUCCGUUUCCACCUCGCAUCGUCGCUACACCACCUUUGGCGGAACGCGCGAGGACAGUGGGCCCAAAGCGACUCUGCGGAGAAUCAAGCCCGUCGUGAUUCCUGAGCGCACAGGCGCGGAAAUUCAGCAUGACCCCUUCUACAACAAGGGCACGGCCUUUUCCGAGCGUGAAAAGGAUCGCCUGGGUCUCCGCGGCCUUGUGCCACCCGUCAUCAAUACCAUCGAACAACAAGUUGCGCGCAUCUACAGGGCCUUUCACGCGGCUGGUCAUACCAGCGAAGAAGACAAAGAGCGCGGACGCGAAGAGGAUGUCGUUGCCAAGCACCUCUUCCUCAUGUCCCUUCAGGACCGAAACGAAACACUUUUCUUCAAGCUUCUGACCUCACGCAUUGAGGAAAUGGCCCCGAUCAUCUACACUCCCACGGUUGGCUAUGCCUGCCAAAACGCCUCGACGCUAUUCCGCCGUGCUCGUGGCAUGUACUUUACUGCUGCCGAUCGAGGAGACAUGCACGCCAUCAUUCAGAACUGGCCUCGCAACGACGUGGACGUCGUGGUCGUGACAGAUGGCUCGCGUAUCCUUGGUCUGGGCGAUCUCGGUGUUCAAGGCAUGGGCAUCCCUAUUGGCAAGCUGGCUUUGUACGUAGCGGCAGGCGGCAUUGAGCCCAGCAGAUGCCUUCCUGUGAUGAUCGAUGUUGGAACCAAUAAUCAGAAGCUGCUCGACGACCCAUUCUACAUGGGUCUUCGCCAGCGCCGCACUGAAGGCCCCGAGUAUUUCGAACUGAUGGACGAGUUUAUGCAGGCCGUCUCCUCUCGCUUCCCGCGCGCACUUGUACAAUUCGAGGAUUUCAAAACGCCCAAGGCAGAGCAGCUGCUGAACCGCUAUCGAAACAUCCACACCUGCUUCAACGACGACAUGCAAGGCACGGGCGCUGUGGCCUUGGCGGGUCUGCUGGCCGCGUUGCGCCGCAACGGGGAGGACUUGACGCGAGCCAAGAUCGUGUGUGUGGGUGCCGGAUCGGCCGGGUUGGGUGUUUGCAAUAUGAUCUCAGACGCUAUGGAACGUCAAGGGCUGAGUCGGCAGGAGGCGCUGAAUCGGUUCUGGCUCGUUGAUGAGAAUGGCUUGCUGACAGCACGACGCAUGGACAAGCUGGCGCAAGGUCAAAUUCCUUUUGCACGCUAUGAUAGUCCCAGUCUGGACUUGGAUGGCGCAAGCCUCAAGGAGGUGGUGGAUGGCGUGCAGCCGACGAUUCUUCUGGGCCUGUCCGGCGUUGGCGGCCUGUUUACGGAAGAGGUUGUCAAAUCCAUGGCCACGCAUGUUGAGCACCCCGUUAUUUUUGCCAUGUCCAACCCCACGAAUUUGAGCGAGUGCACAGCCGAGCAGGUGUUUGAGUGGACCGAUGGCCGUGUAACCUUUGCCUCUGGGUCGCCCUUUGGGCCGGUCACGCGUCACUCGCCCAGCAAGGGGCAGGAAGUGACCCAUCAGCUCUCGCAGGCGAACAACAUGUACAUCUUCCCCGGGUUGGGGCUUGGCAUUGUGGCGGCGCAAGCCACGACGGUGACGGACCACAUGCUCUAUGUGGCGGCCCGGCGUCUGGCAGAUUGUGUGAGCGAGGAGGAUCUGCGCAUUGGCAAGGUUUUCCCGCGCAUUUCGGAAAUUCGCGAAGUGUCCCUGCGUAUUGCUGUGGCCGUGGCUGCCACGGCGCAAGAAGAUGGCAUUGCUCGACGUUCCCCUCAAGAUCGCGACUGGACGCGCUUUAUCAAGGAGAUGAUGUGGGUCCCCGAAUAUGCUCCCAUCAUCAAGUCCAACGCCCGCAUCACCGGCUCUGUGUAAGGCACUGCGCAUGUCAUCUUGGUUGCAUACGCCUGUGGCCAGUGGGCUGCCUUCCUCUUCUUUUUCCCAACAGCCUCUCGCGGCAACCCAAUUCACUGUCAAAAACGUC